GAUAAUGUAUUGACUGUGUGAAGAAGCAUUGGAAGCACUAUAGAUUAUCAUAUAACUUGCAAUUUAUACAUCAAUACUCAAAAGUGUGAAGAUAAUGUCGAAUGCAACUUUACACAUAGUUCCUGCAGCGCCUCGCGGCGAUAUUAUUAGGUUGCAAAACAUUAUAUCCAAAAUAGAGGACGAUUUGAGGAGCACAAAUGAAAAACUUGGCAAUUUGCGGCAGCUAAUCAGAACCGAAUCGAAUAUAAAAUCGCGAGAUAUUUACUUAAAUAAGGUCUGUGAUAUGGUGAAAGAACAACAUAGAAUACGGAGCAUACUGCACAGUCACAGAUCAAAGUUGAAAAGAUUGGAAUCUAAAAAAAAACUGAAAUUUGUUACAAAGCAAAUUCCACAGCAAGCAAAAAAUUCAAAGCUGCUCGAACUAUUCCAUAAUUAUGAGACGAAAGAAACCGGUGUUGACACUCAGACUGCUCGGAAUUCUGAAGCACCAAAGCGAAAAAUUUUGGAUAACGAAGAGACUGUAAAUGGUGAAGACAAGCCAGCCAAGCAAAUUAUCAUCGACAAUCAUGGCAGGACAAUGAAAUGUUUGAAGGCUCAUGUAAAAAAGCGCAUUACUGAGGAGGAACAGAAGCUUGUUGUUCCACAAAUUGUAAAAGUGGAGCAAGCGAAAUAUUCAGAUGAUGAUACCUUAACUUUGGAAGAGACGAAACCAGAGACUGAAGAGCUUCCUAUAUCGCAAGAAGAGAAGCUUGUAGUUAAAAUUGAAAUAGAUGAGGAAUCGGAAUAUAUAAAAGAGACAGAACAAAUAGAAGAGGAGAAACCAGAACUGUCUGUCGAGACUCCCCAAGCAAAUACUAUCGUGAUAAGCAAUCACAGAGAUGCGAUGCAAUGCCUAAAGGCUCUACAGGAAUAUGCAAUGUUAAAUGAAAACUAUAGAGCUAUAGGACUUUUAAGUGAAACUGAAAAGGCAUUCGUAAGUCCAGCGGACGUCACAGACUUCGAGCUCUAGCAUUAGUAUAGAGUAUGUACCAUAUAUUUGCAUGUGUGUAGGCUAAUUAUUUUAAGUUGAUUUAAGAACUUAUGUACAUUUUAUGCCUUGUGCUAGCAAGCAUUCUGCAAUUGAUUAAUUUUAAGUAAAGUAUUUACAGAAAA